AUGCUUCACUUUUUACAGUCCAGCUACCGGGUCCGACUCUUCGGAUCUUUGACUCAGCACAAGCUGAACCACUCGACGCAGCCAGCCAGCUACCCGUUUCGACGCUACGAAUAUUUGGCUCACCGCCAGCUUAAACUACUCGGCGCAGCCAGCUAUUCGGUUCGGCGCGUCGGAUCCCUGGCUCAUCGCCGGUAUCGCUGCCCGGCUCUUUGCCGGCGCCGCUGCACGUCUCGUCGGAUCCCUGGUUCAGCGCAGGCGUCUCCCAGCGCGAUUGCUUGGCUCUUAGACAGCGCGGCCACCCUCCCUCCCUGCCGACGACGCAAAUCAUCACCUCCAUGGUUCCACUCUUUGCACUACUCGUGUCAGCGCCGGUAUGAGAACUUUUACCAGACAUAUGUCACAUUACCUUUUUCAUCUGAAACAACUACAACUUACACCACAGUACCAGUACAGCUAACAGAGAAAAAGACAGUCCCUCCUUCAAAAAUUCCAUCAUCUAAUUUUCCAUACAUCUAUCCAGUGUCUCUCCUGGUUCUGGGAUCUGUGCUCUUCCUGGCCUUAGUGCUUCUGGUUGUGCUGUUUUAUCAGAACAGAGUGCUCAGGAGAGUGAUUUCUAAGGCGAGGAGGAAGACUCUGCUUGAGGCAGUCUAUGAAGAGAUUAACCAUAAAUGUGUCACUAACAGAUAUACUAAAAGAGGAAGUUUUAUCUCUGAAGAUCAGCAUUCAGGAUAUGAGGACGUAGAUGAGGAGCUUCUCUCAGAAAACUAUGGCGAGGUCUAUGAUAUCAUACCUGCUGAAGAGAGCCCACACAUUACAACAGACUAUGAUGAUGUGGUGGAGGACGUACAGAUGUCUGAAGAAGACGAAUAGACCAACUGACAGAGAUCGACCAGUCUGUCUACUAGGGAACAAAACAUGCAAAUUGUUUUUAGGUCAUAGUGAGUGUGAUUGGCCGCUGUGGGGAAUAUCUCUCUCUCUCUCUCUCUCUCUCUCUCUCUCUCUCUCUCUCUCUCGAGUCUUAUCUGGC